GACAGUCUGGGCUCGUCCGCCGGUCGGUGAGGAUCUUGGUUGUCAUAGGAACUGUCUGUGGCCUGUGGCCUGUGGCCUGGCUUGGCUUGGCCUGGCGGACGGUCACUGAGAGUAAAUGUGAAGCGGGCGGAGAAAGGGGGAAGAUGUCCGAGUGGAGCCUGGCCACCGAGUUGGUCUACAAGCUGCCCGCCAGCAUCAUGUACGAAUUCUACUCGGUGAUGGACUCGCUGGGUAACGCCGACUGGGACCGUUUCGCUUCCUACAUCGUCAGUGACAUGACUGAACUUCGAUUACUAGAGAACAGAGGCAAUCCUGGUCGGACACAGAAUGUCAUGUGGCACUGGAUGCAUCGCAAUGGGACAGUGGGACAGCUGCUGCACAUCCUCACCAGUCUAAACCUGUGGAGAGCCAGGGACAUCAUUCUGUCAGGGAGGCCGACGAUCCACCCGCCGCUCCCCAUCGUGGUGCCCCCCAGAAUGAGUCGGUACGUCUGCCUGCCUCCGCCAGAGACCCCGCCGGACCCCCAGCCGCAGCCGCUGCUGCCACCGCCGUCCACCUGGUCGACCUCGGUGAAGAGCCGCAGCUGGAAGCCGAGUGAGCAGGAAACGCUGAAUGUCGACUGGCCCCUGCCUAAGCCUGUGUUACCGCGUCCACCCACUCCUCCCCGCAGCAUGUUUACAGACGACAGCAGCUCGAGUUUCAGUAGCACGGACAGUUUGAGCAAGGCGCCUGCCUUAUCAUGUCCAGUGUCCUCGCCAUCAGUGGACAGGCUCCUGUUUUACUGGCCACUACACGAGCUCAAAACGGGAACCUACAACUUUGCGGAGAGCCAGAAGCUUGGCGAAGGGGGCUUUGGCUGUGUGUACCGUGCGUUGAUGCGCCACACCAAGUAUGCUGUUAAAAGAUUGAAAGAAGAAUCUGAUUUGGAUUGGGAGACGGUGAAGGAGAGUUUUCAAACCGAACUGGAGAAACAUUAUCAGUACCGACACCCAAACAUCGUGGAUUUGGCCGGUUGCUGCGUGGAGGGUGGCAUUUAUUGCCUGGUGUAUGUUUACAUGCCAAAUGGAUCGCUGCAAGAUCGUCUUCAGUGUCAGGGCAGCAGCUCUCCACUCUCCUGGCUGAGACGCCUUGAUGUGGCGUUGGGAGCAGCGCGUGCGGUACAGUUCCUCCACUCGAGCAACCCCAGCCUAAUACAUGGAGAUGUGAAGAGUUCCAAUAUCCUCCUGGAUGAGAAUUUUGUUCCGAAGCUGGGAGACUUUGGACUUGCCCGUUUUAGCCGAUAUUCCAACAACUCCGGCAGAAGCUGUACGGUGGCACGAACACAGACACUCCGGGGCACACUGGCAUAUCUUCCCGACGAGUACAUUAUGAACGGCCAGCUGACUGUGGAACUCGACACCUACAGCUUCGGAGUGGUCUUGUUGGAGAUCCUAACUGGAAGGAAAGCGCUGGAGAAUGAAGGAUCGGCCAAGUCCAAAUACCUGAAAGAUAUCAUCGAGGAGGAGGACGAGGACGCCGACGCGGAAAGCCUGGCGCAGACCUCUUCGGUGGCCGCUCAAAACCAGCGCAUCGCCGCCAGGGUCUGCCUGAACCACUUGGACAGGAAGGCGGGAGCCUGCCCAGGGCACGUCCCGAUGCAGCUUUGCUUGCUGGCCUGCGAGUGCUUGAAUCACAAGCGAAAGAGGAGGCCAAAAAUGACCAAGGUUUACCAGCAGCUGGAGGAAUUCAGGAAGCUCCCGUGGGCCCUGGCCCCGGAGGGAGACCAGCCCGUUUUCUCCUCCUCCUCCUCCUCCUCCUCCUCCUCCUCCUCCUUUGCUGCCUCGUCGUCGGGCGGGAGCUCGGAGCCGGGUCCGGCGGCGGCCGACGCGCUGGCCGACAGACUGCGGAGCGCCUCGCUCGGCCCGGUGGAGAACACGUACAGGUUCGCCCCGCAGGCCCCGGCCGGCGGGGACCGGGACCGGGUCCGCCCGCGAGCGGACAGGCGCCCGGCGCGCCAGGGCCGGCCGGACCCCCCGAGCCUUCCCGAGGCCGGCUACCGGGCACCGGGGGAGCGGGAGCGGGAGGGGGAGCCGGGCGCGAGCUGGUACCCCUACGCCCCUCGGCUCCCGCAGGCCAAGCACGGGCAGGAAGCCCCCCCCGGCAGCCCGGCCUCCUGCGGCAAGGGCCCCGGCAGCCUGGCGGGCUCCGCCUCCCCCUCCAGCGGCCUCUCCCAGCCCGUGGAAAGCAACGAGAGCGCGAUGGAUGACGGCGGCGGCAAAGGCAAAGGCUCCUGGCGCAAGGUGCCCCCCUGGGACUCGCCCACCGCGCAGCCGCGACCGUCCUGCACCCCGCACGCAGACGCCCGAUGCCGGUGGCCGAACAGCCUCCCGAGGCUACCCGGAGAGUCGCGGGCGGCGGCGUCCACCCCCCUGUCGGACGUGUCUCAAGAUUCUUCUCUAUCCAGCCACCAAAUCGUCGUGAACCCGGCCAAGCAGAGAAUCCUGGAGCAGUUCGCACUUUAUAACGCGGGGCAGAUUGACAGCGGUGAGCUGCUGUCCUCCGCACCGAGGCAAGAGGACUGGUCAACAGUUGAGCGACGAGCACCGGAGGAGAGCGAUGACUUUGACUUUGACUGAGAAUAAUCGGUUCCAGCUUCUACCUGCUCCUGCUCGGGUCCCGCGUGCGAGGCACCCGUGCACCCCUCGCUGUCACCGACAGCACUUCAACUCCGAGCACCAAACAAACGGAUGUCUGGCGGCGUGACUGGGACUGGCAGGGGGGUGGGGGGGGCGCGAUCCCUCGCCCCUUCCUCUCGAAACCCUUUGCCGAGCGCUAGGAUGGCGGUCAGCUCUUUGGGGUGAGGUGGGAUUGGGGUGGGGGCACUGAAGGUCAGACAGGGAAUUGACACUGGGCCUACGGAGGUCACAUUCGCACAGUUUGGUUUCAAGACGAGUGCUGAACGGGUAGAGAUGGUGGAGAGGGCGAGGGAGGGAGGGAAUGACCGAGCACCGCAUCUGUAGAUUUUAUCGGCGGGGUGGGAGGGGGUUAUUUAUCUCUCUUUUGUCCCCCCUCUUCCAGCUCACCCCUACCACCCUGUGAACGAAAUUCCCGUGUUUGGGAAGUCGAAUCUGUCCUAGUAUUUCUCGCCACUUCCGCCUCUUGUGGUCCAAUAACCCGCAGACCUGCAGAGAAGAGUUGCUCAGUAUUUAUGUUUGUUUUUUUUUUCUCUCUCUCUGUCUUUCUCUCUCUCUCUCUCUCUCUUUCUCUCUCUCUCUCUCU